CCCGCCCUGCCCCCGCCCCCGGCGGAGUCUCGGCUCCGCGGCCGGGCCGGGCCCCACCGCGACCCCCGGGACCGGCACCGAGUGGCCCCCGGGCGAUGGAGGCCAGUGCCCCCCCUGCGCCCCGCUGCACCCUGGAGCACCGGCCCCCCUACGAGCCUGUCCCAGCCGCCCUCUGCGCCCUCGGUGCCCUCUUUGGCCUCGUCUGCGGCUGCUUCGGGUACCGCUGCUUCAAGGCCAUCAUGUUCCUCUCGGGGCUGCUCUUCGGCUCCACCGUCAUCUUCCUCCUGUGCUACAAGGAGCGGGUGCUGGAGACGCAGCUGAGCCUGGAGGCCAGCGCGGGCAUCGCCCUGGGCAUCGGGCUGCUCUGCGGGCUGGUCACCAUGCUGCUGCGCAGCGUCGGGCUCUUCACCACCGGGCUGCUGCUGGGGCUGCUGCUGGCCACGGCCGCGCUGGUGGCGGCGGCGCCGGUGCUGCCGCCGCCGAGCCCCUGGGUGCCGGCGGGCAGCCUGCUGGGGCUGGCGCUGCUCUGCGCCCUCCUGGCGCUGCAGUGGCCGAAGGCGGUGACCGUCCUCUCCACCGCCGUCUUCGGUGCCGCCGUCGUCGUGGUCUGCGCCGACUACUUCGUGGAGGCGCUGGCGUUGGUGCUCUACGUCUACGACCGGCUGCGGCUGGCGCCGGCGGGGCCGCUGUGCUGGCACAGCUGGGUGGUGCUGGGCGCCUGGCCGGCGCUCAGCCUCCUCGCCGUCCUGCUCCAGUGGAAGCUGACGGCUGACGGCUUCUCCCACACUGAUGUCAUCCUCAGCCGGCGGCAGAAGCGGCUGCAGCUGCUGCGCAUCCGGCAGAAGGAGGCCAAGCGCCGGCAGAGCCUGGCCCCCCCCGAGGGCACCUACCGCCGCAAGCCCCCCCCCGUCAAGCGCUACGCGGGCGACGUGCUGGCCCCGGUGAGUCCGUGCCCCGGCGAGGCUGUGCCGGUGGCCGCGGGGCCGCGCUGACCCCCGUGUUCCCCCAGAGCUACAUCCGGAGCCUGCGGGACCGGCAGCUGGAGAGCGGGACCGCGCCGGGCCCCGCCGCCACCCCUGAUGCCGACUGCGGCUCCACCACACCCCUCACUGCCCCCCCGCCCCGCCGCCGCCCCUGAGCACCCCUGAGCGCCCCACCGACGUGCCUUGGGGGUGCUAGGGCCCCCCACUCCCACUGUGCCUGCCUCUUUAAAUAGGCAAAUGAGGUGCCGUAUGCCCCACCCCCGGGGUGUGGCUAAGGGGAGGCGGGGCUUUAAGGCAUGUAGGGGCUGAGGACCCCCAGGGGCUGUGGGGGGGUCCCCUGGUGUGAACCAAACCCAGUGCCCCCCCCACUGCUGCCUGCCCCACAGCCCGCCCUACCACUGCCAGCCCCAUGGCCUGCCCCACUGCUGCUGCCAGCCCCAUACCCACUGCAGCCCCUGCCCCUCGCCAGCCCCACAGAGGGCAGACCCUGGGGGGUGCAGCCCUGACCCCAUGCCCCAGCUCCCACCCAGCCUCCGGCACCAGAAGAGACCCCUUAAAAAUAAAGUUUCCCCUUUAUUUUUGUAGGACCUACCCAAGCUCUGCACACACUGUGGGCCCAGCCCAGCUCCCCCUCUGCUGUGGAGGGUCCCAAAAGCCUUAACCCCACCGCAGGGGGAUCUCACCCCACCGUGGGGCCUCUCUGGCCCCCCAGCCCUGCCCUGAGCCCCCAAAGGACCACAUCAACCCCCCUCCCACGGAAGGGCCCCCUGACCCACACCCACACUGUGCUUGUACCGGGGCUGUUGCAUUAAAGAGCAUCCUGGGGGUGCAGCGUGAGCCCCCCAGUACCGCCAGAGCUCAGCAGCCAGCAGUGAGGGGGCACAGAUGGGGACCCCUCCAGAUCCCCACCUUUGUAAGAAACAGGUCCUGCCGGGGCAGGGGGGCUGGCGCUGGGCUCUGCCCUCACCACGUCCCUCGGAGCCCCCCCGACGCGGGGAAAGGCAGAUCUGAGCUCCCGGCGCCGGGUCACUACUGCAAUUUUAUUAUUGCAUGAUUUUUAAAAAUAAAGGAAGAGAGAGGCCGCAACACAGAACACAAGGGGCUGGGAAGGUCGGGGGGGAGGGGGCCGCAGCCCCGCCCUGGACGCAGCACGGCUCCGCCCGGUCCCACCCCAAAUAAAAUUAUUAAAAACAAAAAAAAAAAAAAAA